AUGGCUAGGGGGAAAUGCCCAUCGUGUUUGGCAGAGUUUGUCGCAUCUGCUCCCCUUACACCGCUUUUAAAACCUGACAAUGGGAUUAGACCUAUUGCAGUGGGUACUAUAUGGAGGAGUUUGGUUUCCAAGGUUGCUAUGAAGGGUGUUGGUAAAGAAAUGACCAAAUACCUUAAUGAUUUUCAGUUUGGGGUCGGCGUGUCGGGUGGCGCUGAGGCCAUUUUACACAGCGUCAAUAGGGUUCUAAGUGAACGUCACACGGAUGGGUCUCUUGCAAUGCUUACACCAGCAAGAUUGUAUCUUGGAGAUGGGCACAUUUGGUCUACCACGGGAGUUCAGCAAGGGGACCCAUUGGGACCACUUCUUUUCGCUCUUGUUUUGCACCCCCUUGUGCAUCAGAUUAGAGACAAAUGCAAGCUUCUCCUUCAGGCUUGGUAUCUUGAUGAUGGGACUGUCAUUGGAGGUUCAGAAGAGGUGGCUAGAGUGUUGGACAUCAUUAGGGUGUCGGGUCCAACAUUGGGUCUUGAACUUAAUAUUAAGAAAACUGAGCUAUUUUGGCCUUCUUGUGAUGGUAGCAAGUUUCGUGAAGGGUUAUUUCCUAAGGAUAUCGGGAGGCCAUUAAUGGGGGUGAAGCUUCUUGGGGGAGCUGUUAGUAGAGUCGCAAGCUUAAUUAGGGGGUUGGCAAAGAAAAGAGCUGCUAAGGUAGUAGAUUUGAUGCGUCUUCUACCGAAAUUAGGUGACCCGCAGAGUGAACUACUCUUGCUUCGAUCCUGUAUGGGCAUUGCCAAACUUUUCUUUGGCUUGAGGACAUGCCAACCUGUACGUAUGGAAGAUGCAGCGUUGUUCUUUGACAAAGGUUUGCGUGAGGCGAUCGAGGAAUUGGUGGUUUGUGGAGGUCCUUUCUUUGGAGACCUCCAGUGGCGACUUGCUUCUUUACCUAUUAGGUUUGGAGGUUUGGGGUUGUAUUCGGCUGUAGAGGCUUCAUCCUACGCUUUUGUGGCAUCGAGGGCCUAA